CAACAACGUCAACCCAGCCAACUUCUCUUUACCCCUCCAUGGAUUUUAAAUCGCCGGGGGAGCUACUCAAAGAUUCAAUACAUACUAGAUGACUCUCAUAACUUUCACCUCAACAAACUAAUGUCUUUCAGCUCUCUUUCUCCUCCUCAAGCCCUAGACUUGAUCCACCAAGGUACUGCCCUUCUCCUAACCCUAAUUCCAGACCUCAAUACCCAUGCUUUUAUGGACUUGGGCGCUCUGAGGAUCCGAGACACUACUCAAAUAAGCCUAGCAUAGUGUCCUGCAAGAAUUGGUCACAUCCAACCGAUGGUGAUUCUCAACCUGCAGAUGAACCCACUCGGAAUGCAAUCCAUCCGCCAAUGCAAUGUGAAAACCCGCUGGACGGUUCGGCAACGCAGCAUUAGUUUUUGGAUACUGCCAAUCUUGAGCAGGCUUGUGGUGCAUCCUCUUAAACUAUGACAUUAACAAGUUGUGAUGGCUACGUAUGGUUAUUGAGUACGUUUUGUGUAAACCACCAUCAGUUAACAUCACCAGAUACCGUCUUGACCGUUUCUUCCGCCCGGCACUUCCGCGUACAUCAUCAUCACGUCAGACAACUACAACGCCAUCAAGUCGCGCAUCGCAUCCCACUGGACUGGCCAUGACCAUGUGAUGACUGACUUGAAUACCCUGCCCUGUCUCUAUGGACUAUCGUUAGUUGCAGAUGCACCUGCAGGGGGGUUCUUCUCGAUCCCCAGCCAUCUGCACCAAGUGGUCCAGCACGAAUAUGGAAGCUCGGCUUGUGUAUGAGCCUAGAAACUAGGUGCCUCUAUUAGUUAAUUAGAGCGCACACAAACGCGCAGGUUCUCUUUGAUAGGUUCAGAUACAGUACUGUACGGCAUGAUUGUUGGGGUUGUUGGAUUUGGCUGCGCUUGUGCUUGUUCUUCCCGUCGUCAUCGCUCAUGUCCCUUGCCUUUCACCUGCAUAUUGUGUGCGCCUCUUCCCCUUCUCUCCCUUUUCUCUCCCACAAACACACAACUCCCCAAGGACCAUGCGCGAUAGCUUCACCCUCCGCCUCGACUUGCCAUCUAGACGCUCUGCUCAACCAUGGCCGAGUUCAAUCUGCUCCAGUGGACUAUCAUCCUCAUUCUGAUCGCUGUCAUUCUGUCCCUCAUCGUCCUCGUCCAGAUCAUCUCCUCUUACACGGCCGCGUACCAAGCGGCGCCGCUCGAAAUUGCAACAUUUCUUGACACUGCCGACUUUUCCGUCCAGGAGAACGAGAGCUAUGAUCGUGACGUCGCAAAGGUGCAGCGCCUUGAUGAUAAGAUCCGCUUGACACGGCUCCUAAGGGAGAUCCAGAAGACGGGUGAUGAUUUGCGCGAGGACAUCAAUGGUGUGGUGAUUGAGGAGGACACCACCAAGCUAAAGACUUCCGCCAGGCUGUUGUGGGCGUCGAAGCGAUCGAGGUUAGAGGAUCGGGUUCGUAGGCUCGACAUGCUACGCAUGCGCUUCCUUGUCGUUUAUAUGGGCGUCGUCGCAUCACAAACAAGCACCACUACUCAUGAGAAACCCUCUGCGCCGCCGCCUCCGCCGCCUCUACCUACGGCAAGGGAUCUGGAAAAAUCACCGAUUUUUAAAACUCCAACCCGUCCUGCUCUUCCUAGAGGCUUAAUGGAGGGUAUCAUCAACCGUCCUCCCUUGCGCAGUUUGACCACCCAGGCUCUCGUUAACCACCCGGAGCCCAUACCAAAACCUAGCCGUAAGGGCUGGGCGGGAGUUGUCCAGGAACUACAAACGUCGCCUAAAAUGCAUCAGCGUCAUGCUUCAAUUGAGCGCGCAAUGUCAAGGUCAUAUUCCAAGUCGCCGUGAUCUUGAAGCAUCGGUUUGGUCUUAGACUUCAUGGUUUUCUUUUCGUUUUGGUUUCUGGUUACAGCGAGACGGCAUAACUCUUACAGGUUGUCAAGUGCGACGAUACAGCAUGGACAUUACACAAUCCUCAUUACACGGCGUUCUCAGUGCGGCCAGGUGGCCGCCAACAUAUUUACAAAACAGCAUAGUCCAGCAUGACAGCGGACACUCACCACGACCACAGGAGGCAUGGUUGAAUGAGCAACGAUUAACGACGGGUUGGUUUGGCGAGGAUGGGGCCUCGGGGGCUUUGUUCAUGAGGAGUUUGGUUCAUUUGUUUCACUUCACUUCUGUAGAUGGGAUGAUACCCCUUUCCCGCGGCCUUAAGUCGUGGUAUUUCCUUAGGACGGUUGUUUUUGUCUUAUUCUACCACUCUGUUUGUUUUUGGGUUAUGAGUCACUAUUCAUGAUCAAGGCAUGUUUCUUCUUUUCAUUUUGCUGCUACUCCUGGAAAUUGGCAGGACACAACUGUCUAUCAAUGACCAGAGAUGGCUUCGGGGCCGGUACCAUUUCUCUCCCCGACUGUAGCAUUGUUAGUUCUAGUUAGAGCGGAAAUGAAUGUAUGACGUGAGCUUACCGUCGAGUGCCACCAAGAAACGGCUUACACAGUUGUAGCAUGCAACCUGUUGGUGUCAGGACAAGUUUGAUGGCUACAGAGGGACAAGGGACUGUCUUACCGUGGCUGUGAUUUCCACAAUUUCUUGUUCGUUGAAAUACUCCCGCAGACGAUCAAAGGUCUCAUCCUUGACUUGAACGUUCCUCGUCAUCUCAUCCGUGUACAGCAGCACAGCCCAUUGCUUCUCUGAUAGCUCAGCAGGCCGCUCACCAAGUUCCUCCCCCUUGAUAGCCUCAAGUCCAGCCUCAGACACACCGCCCUUGACAGCUAGCGGCGCAUGGUGCUUCCAUUCGUACCAGGCCUUGUUGCACACAGCAAUUCGUGAAAUUGCAAGCUCUCGAAUGUCGUCGCUUAGAGAGGUCUUGGUACGAACAGCGCCGAGGAAUGAGUUCCAGCCAUCAGCAACGUGAGGGGAGUGAAGAAGUGCUAAAUCCAGAGAUUGGAGAGGCCGAGGGGCGCGGCGCUCUUCUAUGCGCUUUACAAUGGCGGCAUGCUCCUCGGACUUGGUCUCAGGAGGGUUGGAUACGUAAGGAACUCUCAUGAUGGCAGA